UUGGAUGUAAUUCAGAUGGUGGCCGUUCCAAUAAUCAAUUGAUUGAAAGAAAGUCACUACCUUCUGUCUCUACAGCCUUACUUUUAGCUGUCGGAAUUGGAAUAUUUGAGGCUUUGGCAAUGUAUUUGGGGUCGGGAAUAUUUCUCAACAUGAUGGGCAUAUCAUCUGCUUCACCCAUGCGGAUUCCAGCCGAAAGAUUUCUCAAACUAAGAGCAAUCGGUGCUCCCGCAGUUGUCCUUUAUCUUGCCAUUCAGGGUAUAUCGGGGUUUAAGGAUACAAGGACUCCUGUCCUAUGUCUAGGAUUGGGCAAUUUGUCAGCUGUAUUCUUAUUUCCCAUAUUAAUUUAUUGUUUUCACUUGGGUGUAACUGGUGCUGCCAUUUCUACUGUUGUGUCUCAAUACAUUAUAAGCUUUCUGAUGAUUUGGCAUCUUAACAAGAGGACGGUAUUGUUACUUCCUAGUGUAAAAGGUUUGCAUUUUGGUGGCUAUUUAAAAUCUGGUGGUUUUCUUCUUGGGAGAACGCUAGCUGCUGUCAUGACAAUAACAUUGAGUACAUCUAUGGCUGCUCGUCAGGGAGCAUUAGCCAUGGCAGCUCAUCAAAUAUGUUUACAAGUGUGGUUAUCUGUCUCACUCCUUGUAGAUGCUCAAGCUGCAUCUAGUCAGGCCCUAAUUGCAAGUUCUUCUGCAAAAGGAGACUAUAGUACAGUGAAAGAAAUUGCUUUGUGUGCUUUAAAGACGGGAUUAUUUACCGGCAUUUCCUUAGCCAUCAUAUUGGGCGUAUCAUUUAGUUCUUUAGCAACUUUGUUCACCAAAGAUGCUGAGGUAUUAGCAAUUGUUAGAGCUGGGUUUCUGUUUGUCAGUGCCAGUCAACCGAUUAAUGCUCUGGCUUAUAUCUUUGAUGGUCUUCAUUAUGGUAUAUCAGACUUUUCAUAUGCUGCUUGGUCUAUGAUAGUGGUUGGGGCACUUUCUUCUGCAUUUAUGCUCUAUGCACCCUCCAUUAUUGGCCUUUCUGGAGUAUGGUCUGGCUUGACUCUUUUCAUGGAAAUGAGAACAAUAGCUGGAUAUAUGAGAUUAUUAUCGAGAAAUGGGCCAUGGUGGUUCCUGCAGGACGACAUUGAUGAAACUUUGAAAAUAGCUGAUGUGUUACAUAUAAUAUUUGUUAUAUUAUUUGUUAUUAAAUGACUGUAUGUAGUUGUA